AUGGCCCAGACGCCACCACUUCGGGCUGCACUCGCCCUUACACCACUCUUCUUCUUCUUCACCUUCUUCCUUUUUACUGGGGCUGUUGUCGGGUGGAGGCCAUGGCCCAGUCAAAAGCCAAACGCUACAGAUUUCUUCUUUGGUGGGUCGAAGAAGUAUGAAGGUUCUUCGGAAUUUGUUCACUUGAAGUACCACAUGGGACCUGUACUCACAUCCAACAUCACUGUUUAUCCCAUUUGGUAUGGCAUUUGGAAAAAAUCCCAGAAACGUAUAAUCCGUGAAUUCAUCAGUUCCUUCUCCAACGUGGACUCUAAGCCGCCGUCGGUUUCGGGGUGGUGGAAAACGGUUCGACUCUACACGGAUCAAACAGGAGCCAACAUUUCUCGCAAUGUCCAUAUCGGGGCGGAGAAAAACGACCGGUUUUACUCCCAUGGAAAAUCCCUAACUCGACUUUCGGUCCAGUCAGUGAUAAAAUCCGCCGUCACUGCCACCACCCGGCCACUUCCGAUCAACCCUAAGAGCGGCGUUUACCUCUUAUUGACCUCCGACAAUGUGUACGUACAGGAUUUCUGCAACAAUGUAUGCGGGUUCCAUUACUUCACCUUUCCCGCCAUUGUUGGGUACACGCUACCGUACGCCUGGGUGGGUAACUCCGCUAAGCUGUGCCCCGGUGUAUGCGCGUACCCGUUCGCCGUACCCGAAUACAUUCCCGGGUUGAAAGCAGUGAAAUCACCAAACGACGACAUAGGAGUGGACGGCAUGAUAAGCGUGAUUGGUCACGAAAUAGCGGAGCUAUCUACCAACCCGUUAGUGAACGCCUGGUAUGCGGGUCAGGACCCGGUUUUCCCAGUGGAAAUAGCAGAUCUUUGUGAGGGUAUUUACGGAACUGGAGGAGGUGGGUCGUACACUGGACAAAUGUUGAACAGCAAAGAUGGUGCCACGUAUAACAUGAAUGGAAUCCGACGAAGGUUCUUGGUUCAGUGGGUUUGGAACCCUAUGGUAAAUUACUGUACUGGCCCUAAUGCACUGGAUUAG